GAAUGUUUGAUUCUGUUUUUUUUUUUCUUCUUUAGUUUUAUGAAUUACCAUACUUUUCUUGUUAAUUAAAUUAAUCAUAAAUAUCUCAACAAUAGGAAGUAAGUUCAGAGGAAGAUUCGCUGUCAAAUGAGGAAUACAUACCACAGUCUGAGUCAGACAAUCAGUCAGACAGUUCAGAUGAACUGACAACAAGACCAGCAAGAUAUGAUCAGGCUAAACACCUCUUAGAUAUACAGGGAGCUGCAUCCUCUAAGUUUAGUGAACCUCUGAGAUCAGACGUAACCCCCCUGAAUUUAUCUCAGGGCAAAGGAAAACAAACCUUAAAGGCCAGGGAAGCAGCUUGUGUGUAUGAAAAGUCUGACUUGCUUUGUCAUGAGGAGCAGUUGACUGAUGUCGAGACAGACAGUGAACCAGGCGGUUCUGGUGAAUGCCACCUUCCCAGAAAUGUGGUUAUGCAGUCACCCCGAUCACACAACGGAGAGGAGAGUAGUGAGAAGAUUUUGAAUGCAAAUAGGGCGGCAGCAUUGAGAGAGGAAGGGAGGGAAAGCAGCAUGGCUGAAGCAGAUCAGUGUGUGCAAUCAGCAAAAAUUUCUUGUUCUUUAAAUAGUAAGAACUACUGUUACAUCUGCGGGAAACCUCAGUCCAAGUUAGCGCGCCAUUUGAAAACCCACAUGGAUGAAGUUGAAGUUGGGCAGGCUUUGUCACUCCCUGUGCACUCGAAAGAACGUAAAGCAAUGCUGCAGAAACUCAGGAACAAGGGCAACUAUCAGCAUAACACAGAUGUUUUACAGUGUGGAGAGGGGGCUCUUAAAAUAAAACGGGCACCAAAAAGACAGUGUGAUUCCAAACAGUUUGUGCAUUGCAUGUACUGCAAAGGGAUGUUCGUACGGACAGAUCUAUGGCGUCAUUUGAGAAAAUGUCCCUCAAAACCAGUGUCUGACAGUGAAAACCAAGGGAGAACCAGGGUUUUGGGUCUUGCAACUAUGGCAGAGUCUUCAUUCAGUCAGCAGAUCAUGCAAGGAGUUUGGAAGCUCUUAAGUGUGAUGAAGCAGGAUGACAUCUCUGCUGUUGUCAAAAAUGACCUGAGUAUUCUUCAGCUUGCACAGUCUUUCUUUAACAAACAUGGGCAUGACCCUACCAAGUUUGAGUACAUUCGACAAAAACUGCGUGAAAUUGGAAGAUUGUUGUUGACGUUGCGUAGAGAGUUUUCUAUAUACAGUCUUGAAGAAGCUGUGAAACCUGCCAAUUUUCAUAGACUCAUUCGAGCGGUCCAGAGGGUGUCUGGCUAUGAUGACGAGAGUCACUACUACCAAUGCCCCAGCCUUGCACUGAAACUGGGGCAUUCGCUGAAUAAGAUCUGUGAAAUCAUUCACUGCCGAGCACUGAUGUCUGAGGACAAAGAACUCAUCACGUCAACAGAGACCUUUAAAAAGCUCUAUUCCUCAAAGUGGUCUGAGAUGAUCUCGCACACUGCUUUGGUCACACUGAAUGAGGCGAAAUUCAACAAGCCUUCAACGCUGCCUUUUACUCAAGAUGUACAGUGCCUGCAUCGGUUCCUUGAGAAGACUGCACAUGAUGCAUUUCAGAAAUUAAAAGAGACUGAAUCACCUCAAAGCUAUGCAGAACUAGCCAAAGCGGCACUCACCAAAAUCAUUGUGUUCAAUCGUAGACGCGCAGGAGAGGUCUCGAAAAUGCCGCUCAAAGCCUUCAAAGAAAGGGACAGCACUUCUCUUCAUGAUGAUGUUGCCUUGGGCCUGAGCAGGUUUGAGCAGAAACUCUGCCGCCAUUUUAGCCGAGUUGAGAUCAGGGGGAAAAGGGGAAGAAAAGUUGCCAUUCUUCUCACACCGGAUGUGGUUGAUGCUCUGCUGCUGCUGGUCAGCAAGAGAAGUGAAUGUGGAGUGCUGGACACAAAUGAAUUUCUGUUCGCUAGACCAAACUGCCAAAGUCACUACAGAGGCCAGGACUCUCUCAGGGCCUACGCAAGUGAAUGUGGAGCUCAGAAUCCAGAGUUUCUAAGAUCAACUCAUCUGCGUAAACACGUGGCUACUCUCUCCCAAAUCCUAAACCUGAAAAACAAUGAAUUAGAUCAGGUCGCUGAUUUCUUAGGACAUGAUAUCCGCGUCCAUCGCGACUAUUACAGGCUGCCAGAAGCCACUACUCAGCUGGCUAAAAUUUCAAAAUUACUCUUAGCCAUGGAAAAGGGAUGUCUUCCUAAUCUUCAAGGCAAAUCGCUUGAUGACAUUGAGAUCGAAGAUGAGAUCAGUAUGACGGAUUCUGAUGCCAGUGAUCCUGAUGAAAGCGAUUCUGAGGAUGAUGCUCCUGCUGGAGCUGCUGGCGUCUCCAGUAAUGCUGAUGUUCAGAAGAUGCCCAUUGAGAAAGUCACUGAAGUUUCUCAAGAGAAUAAGAGUGAGGCAGAAAACCCACGGAAAGGACAAAAAGUGUACUGGUCAAAUGCUGAAGUUACAGCUGUAAUGAAACAUUUUAAGGCACACAUAACCAAAGGAAAACUGGCCACACUGACUGAAUGCAAGCAGUGUAAGACCGCCGAGGAGCCGGUUUUGGGAAAGCGCAGUGCACAAAACAUUAGAGAUUUUGUAAGAAAUCGAGGAAUUAGCGUGAAAAGAAAAGCUCAAAAUAAGUGAUGUUACAUCAUGUGUCACUUUUGAUACCGUACUAUUAAGAUUUUUACUUUGGUUGUUGGUUUUGUUAUUUUCAUUCUGUAGAGUAAAAAUUGAUGUACGGUAAGAGUUCAUACUAAGACUUCUCUAUAGAAAAUCUAGAAGUUUAUCUGUUCUUUAAAGGGAAAGUUUGUCAAAAAAUGACAAUUCUGUCUUCAUUUCUUCACCCUCAUGUUGUUUUAAACCUAACUGUUUGACUUUCUAUUUUCAGUGGAACACAUAUGGAGAUGUUUAGCAGAAUGUUAGG